CGCCAGAGGCAAGGAGGAAGACAUCGAGCGAGGGGAGUGGAAAGCGGGAGAGUCUGAAUAGAGUGCUGCCUGGAAUAGAAGAGGAAGAGACAGAGAAACGUGACAGAAAAGGAAGAAGACGAACAGGACAGCAGACUGCAAAUGAAAAAGCAACAUGGGCGUGAAGAGAAGAGACAGGGUGCGUCACACAGCUAAGACAGGAAAGUCUUUUGCCAAGAUGACUCGUGAGUUUGAAGGGAAAAUCACCUGUCAUGUUUGUCUCGUCUUUUUGGACUGUCUCUGCAGCAUCUUGCCUGUCUGUACUGUUUGACCUUCCUUAGUCAGCAAGCAGAGUGUGACUGCGGGGAAAACGAGAGAAACAUAAAGGGAGUGUCUAUACGGGUAAGUGCUAAAGUGGAGUAGGAGCUCAGGGAGUUGUUGCAUUGUGAGAGGUCUAGCAAUCCUAUACUGUCCCUUCCUCCCGGAACACUAGACUUGGUCUUUACUGAAUGCCCCAUCUGGAAUUACUAAGCAGUGUGUAAACUGGAAGUCCGGGACUCUUGGGCAUCAAGACUACACGGGGGUGGUCUAAUUUUUUGGUGGGACUUUAAAACUGUAUUCUUCCGGAAUAAUGGAUAUAUCAGGCAACUCCAAAGGGUGCCCGACAAGUGGUCCUAGGUUGGAAGACCCUCGCAUUGUGGAGGUUAGAAUGGGGGAGAGGGACCCCCCACUGAGGAUGUCACCAUUCCGUAUGCUCCGUGUACUUGACUCAUGCCGUCCUCCGGGAAGCCGUAUUGGUAUUGUCCAUGAGAAUGUGAAAAUGGGUUCAGAUGGAGAGAGCGACCAGGCUUCGGGAACGUCUUCUGAUGAGGUCCAGAGUCCCGUCCGGGUCCGCAUGAGGAACAACAACCAUCGGCGCAUCUCUAAUGAGGACAUAAACAAACGUCUGUCUCUCCCAGCUGACAUCAGGCUACCGGAGGGCUACUUAGAGAAGUUUGCCAUGAACAGCCCGCCCUUUGACAAGCCCAUGAGCCGCAGGCUACGACGCGCUUCAUUGUCUGAAAUUGGUUUUGGGAAGCUCGAGACCUACAUCAAACUGGACAAAUUAGGAGAGGGAACAUAUGCUACAGUUUUUAAGGGGAGAAGCAAGCUAACAGACAACUUGGUGGCUUUAAAAGAGAUCCGCCUGGAGCACGAAGAGGGAGCGCCGUGCACAGCUAUCAGAGAAGUGUCUCUAUUGAAAGACUUGAAGCACGCCAAUAUUGUCACUCUCCAUGACAUUAUCCACACUGACAAGUGCCUGACACUUGUGUUUGAAUACCUGGAGAAAGAUCUGAAGCAGUACAUGGAUGACUGUGGGAGCAUAAUGAGUGUACAAAAUGUCAAGAUCUUUUUAUUUCAGCUGUUACGAGGUUUGGCUUACUGCCACAGAAGAAAGGUCCUUCACAGAGAUCUCAAACCUCAGAACCUACUCAUCAACGAGAAGGGAGAGCUGAAACUAGCAGACUUUGGUUUGGCACGGGCCAAGUCCGUCCCCACAAAGACCUACUCCAAUGAAGUAGUGACAUUAUGGUACCGACCUCCAGAUGUGCUUCUGGGCUCCACUGAGUACUCUACGCCCAUAGAUAUGUGGGGUGUGGGCUGCAUCUUUUAUGAGAUGAUCACAGGCAGGCCUCUCUUUCCUGGAUCCACUGUGGAGGAUGAAUUGCACCUCAUAUUCCGCAUCCUCGGCACCCCGACAGAAGAAACUUGGCCUGGCAUCACCACCAGUGAAGAGUUUAAAACCUACAAUUUCCCUCGAUACAACGCAGAGCCACUUGUUAACCACGCUCCCAGGAUAGACAACGAUGGUCAUGACUUGCUUUCACUCCUUCUGCAGUUUGAGGCAAAAAAGAGAGUUUCCGCAGAGGAUGCUCUGAGGCAUGCAUAUUUCCGUACUCUGGGCGAGCAGGUUCAAACGCUGGCUGACACUGCAUCUAUUUUCUCUAUAAAAGGCAUUCAGCUACAGAAAGACCCAGGGAAGAGAUCCUCAGUCUACCCGGAGUCAACGAUGGCCCAUAAACUAGGCUCUGCACCCUCGCAGUACUUCCAGAGAGAAGCGGCCAAUCCCAGGCCUCAGAGUCACAAUCUGUCCUCAACUUCGACUGGCUGAGUGGUUGCUACCAUUCUGCUCAGGGGAAGAGCAGGAGGCAGAGUGUGCUGUUUUAGUGUUGGCGGAUGGUCCCAAAAGUGAGAGGCGUUGGUGACUUGUGGAGCAGGCCUGCCAGAUAUGUACCUUCACCGACCACUCCGUACACACUGAAGGAGCGACACACUUUCACUUGAAGAUUAAAAAUCAACACACACGUACACAUAUAGAAACGAGAACAGAAGAGGGAUUGACUGAUCCAUACAUACAGUACAAGAAUAAUUCUCUCCCCUGAAGACAGAAAAGGAUGAACAAGAAAUGUCUGAGACCCCAGAGGAGAAAAGUGGGAGAGUUCCAGAUUCUCCUUGCUGCUAUUGCCGCUGCUGUCCAGAAGAGGGCAGUGUUGACGUUAUGGGCUGUUGGAAUUGAGCUUGACCUAAACUUCCUCACUCUCUUAUGUAUCUUCCCUACUCUGUUGGACUGUUGCUGUACAUAAAGAGACUGAGCUGUUUUAUCGGCUCAUGAAAUGCCUCAGCCGGAACCCAAACUUGGAAUAUUGCACCUCAUCAAGGCCCUUUAUUAUAUGAUCAGCAACACACACACACACAAUCUCUCUCGCCAUGUAUACACACAAACACAACCACCUUUCUUUCACUUGACAAUUAAUUGUGUGUAUCAGUGGAGUUUUAGCACCUUAUUGGGGAAGCUGUCGAUACUUUACCUCAUCUGGCACAGUUGGGUUUAAAGUACACUUGAGUUAUUAAGAAUCUAAAAUGGUAUACCGAAAAAGAAACUAAUCAGUUGAAUUAGGACACUACAAAUAGGGUCACUACAAUCAUGGACACUGUAAAGAACACUCCAGUAAGGACAAAGAUGUAAAGAAAGUGUUUAAGUCCUCACCUGCUUAUCCUUAGAUACCCCCUUGGCCUUGACACACAAUUUAUUGUGUGCGAUAUUACAGGCGUUGUUGUUCAACUGUUGUCUUUGCACCUAAUUUUACCUCUUUGAAUCACCAGUAGAUGAUUCAACAGCCCUCAGCCCUCUCCAAGCCUAUAGCUUCAUGUGCAUUGCCUAUUUUUACACUUGAUUUUAUUCCUAUUUGUAUAUAAGAUACUGCUUUUUACAUGUCAGAAGCAGUGGUAAUUCCAAGAAUGCUGUUCUCAGUCUUUGCUGUGCCCCCGCUGUAAUAGUUGGCGACUGGCUGGGAACGUGUUGCACAUUCCUUGACCUCAGGACUUAAUUGCUCGUGUUGUUUUUUGGGUGCUGCGAAGUGGCGACUGAACCAGUAUGAAAACCCUGCUAGAGCCAAAUACGGUGGCCUAAAGCUCCUUCGUUUGCAUCAGACUUUUGUGUUCCUCGCUUUUUGUUAUUUAGAUGAGACUACUUGAUGUCUCCUCUUGCCGUCUUCAAGCAUGUUUGUAUUUUAAACAUGUUUUCAGCGGGUAUGUGAAAUAGCUGGCAAAGGAACACCGCCAGAUAUGUUUGCGUGGCACGUAAUCUAAUGGUUUUCCCAACAUGCCCCAUUGAUGGAAAUAGAAAUAUGAUUGACAACAAUGUGAUGUGGUGCUUCGGGACCAGAUGACAACGUGCAGUCAUUUGUAGAAACAGGUCAUUGAGUAGUUAGCGGGACUUGAAGCUCUCUGACACCCUGUCAAGCUUCCAGAAACCUCCAAGCACAGCUCUUUCACACACCAGUAAACCAACACGUCAACAUGUACUGUAUCAGUGAGAUGGAUUAUGGGUAUUGAAUAGAUUUGCUCAGACCCUGACCUCGGAUCACCUUUGACUUCGAUUUGAAUGAGAUCCUUGCUCUCGGCCUGUCAGAACUACUCCUUUACCCAGUGAGUGGCAGUAUGUAGCAUGUACAUAGAUGAUUGCUCACUUUGUGUAAAUAUAGAGAAGUGUAUAGGUUUGAUACAGCUAUUCACAUUCUGCCCUUUCUGUUUCUUUAAUAAAAAGUCACAGCAAUAUUCUGUAAUCAAUAAAAAGCCAAGGUAAUAGGGUAACGAGGAUUUAUGUUAUGUAGAGAGGUGACUGUGAAUGAUUAAACUGUGAGACUUGAUGAAAGCGACAAGGUUGUUUUGUCUAUGUUUUUGCUGUUUGACAUGCAAAUGUGUUAAGGAGGCGUUGCAAAGACAACCCAGAGAUUAUUUUGGGUGUCUUUUCCGAAAGCCAUAAUGGUAGUAAUAAAGUGAUGGCGGUCUGGUUGUGCAAAAUGAUUUACUCAAAGCAGCGAAAGAGAUGUGUACACCCAGUUAACAAUAAAAGUUGAGUCAUUAA